GACAGUCAGGACAGGAGGGGGGAGCCGGGCUGUCAUGGCUAAUGUGUGGCUGGAGUUCAAAGCGAGCGCCGGGGAUGCUGACCCCCAGACCAGGCCCGUGCUGGUCCUCGGGCAGAUACCCCAUCUCCACCGGGUGCCCUGGAGCGAACUUAAAGGGAAACUGCAUCCCAGGGUUACCGAAGAGGCGUGGCAGACGGCUCUGAACUCGCUCAGCCCCAACCCCACAGACAGCUGCCCCCUCUACCUGAAUUUUGCUACUGUGGCAGCCCUGCCUUCUCGAGUCAGUCGACACAACAGCCCCUCGGCGGCGCACUUUGUCUCCCGCCUCAUCCGAAAUUGCCUCCCAGGCGGGGCGCACAGGUGUAUUCUGAUGGUGUGCGAGCGGUCGGAGGUUUUCGCCAGCGCUUGUGCCGUUUCCCGCGCCUUCCCGCUCUUCACCCGCCGCUCCAGUGCGUCUCGUCGCGCGGAGAAGAAAACCGUUGCGGUGGAAUUUCUGCUGACCGGACAGAACAACGGACCCCUGGAUACGUCCACGCUGAAGUGCCUGGAGAGCGCCUCAGAGGGGGUGAGGCUGGCGGCUCGCAUCGUCGAUACCCCCUGUAAUGAAAUGAAUACAGACCAUUUCAUCGAGGAAAUUAAAGCCGUUGCCAAGGACCUGGGAAUUAUUCCAACUAUUAUACGGGGAGAAGAACUCAAAGAUAAAGGCUUCGGAGGGAUCUAUGGUGUCGGGAAGGCUGCGGAGAACCCCCCGGCCCUGGUGAUAGUCAGUCACACCCCGGCUGGGGCAACUCAGACCAUAGCUUGGGUCGGCAAAGGCAUCGUGUAUGACACAGGGGGGCUGAGCAUUAAGGGAAAGACCACCAUGCCCGGAAUGAAGAGAGAUUGUGGGGGCGCUGCUGCUGUUUUAGGGGCUUUCAAAGCUGCUGUAAAUCAGGGUUUUAAAGACAACCUCCACGCUCUGUUCUGCUUGGCAGAGAAUUCUGUCGGCCCCAAAGCCACGCGACCGGACGACAUCCACUUGCUGUACUCUGGGAAGACGGUUGAAAUAAAUAAUACGGAUGCCGAGGGCCGACUGGUGCUGGCUGACGGGGUUUCGUACGCUUGCAAGGACUUGGGUGCUGAUAUCAUUCUUGACAUGGCAACGCUGACGGGUGCCCAGGGGAUCGCGACUGGCAAGUAUCACGCGGCCGUGCUGACCAAUAGCGAGGAGUGGGAGGCGGCCUGCGUGAAGGCCGGCAGGAAGUGCGGAGACCUUGUCCAUCCGCUGGUUUAUUGCCCUGAGCUGCAUUUUAAUGAGUUCUCGUCUGCUGUGGCUGACAUGAAAAACUCCGUGGCUGACCGGGAGAACGCUCAGAGCUCCUGCGCCGGCCUCUUCAUCGCCUCCCACAUCGGCUUCGACUGGCCGGGAGUCUGGGUCCACGUGGACAUCGCGUCCCCCGUUCACGCUGGUGAAAGAGCCACAGGCUUUGGGGUAGCGCUGCUGCUGUCCCUGUUUGGACGUGCCUCAGAGGACCCCCUGCUCAAUCUGGUUUCACCCCUGGGGGAGGAUGAUGUCAUGGACACCCCGGAGCGAGAUUCUAAGAGAAGACGUCUUGUCUGACCUCCGUUCCCACCGAUGCUGCUUGUCUCUUCUUUAUCCCCCCGUCUGUCUCCGCUCGGCUGACACAGAAGGGAACAGGUCUAACUUUGGGAUUCCUUCUUCUAUAAGCUGGCCUGUCGUUCCAGCCCAACCUCUAACGGCUUCACGGCCUUCCAAGUAACAGAGAUAUUCUAUAAAAAUGAUUUCAUACCACUAA